GCCUGCGCGUUCCAGCGCCGGAGAGGACUACAUAAAGAAAGCCAAAAGCGUUGCGGGAGCCAUAGAGGAAGCGAAGGCAGCCAGCUGCGGUGGGAGUUGUGUUGUGCGCGAGCCCCUCUCCCCCCAGAAGCCUUCAACCGCGGCCUUCUCUCUGAGGCGUGCGUUUGGAGGAGACAAAAAAAGGCGGCGAAGGUGUUUGUUUUGGAAAGCGUCUUAAGGUGGAUUUCCUUGGCCUCCUGUUUGCUUUUAAGGUGGACUGGGCCGCGGAAGCCUUGCCGCCUCAACCGCGUUUGUUUGGCCUUCGGAGAAGACGUUUCCGACGCGGCCCGGGCCUCGCAAAGGGAGGGAGCGCCUGGCCUAGGACGGCAUCAUGAGGAAAGUUCGGUAGGCGAGCCUCGCGCGCCCCGGCCCUCGCGCCCCGUCACAAUGACUCCAUCCCGGCCUUUUCCCAAAGCGAGACCGCCGGCGGCGACGGACAAGCAGAGCUUUAGCUGCCGAGAGCUGCACCCGAGAGAAGCCUUCCUGCUCGCCCUGGGCUUUUCGAACACCUGUUUGCUUGUCUUGUUGCCCUGUAGCUCUUCAUCUUUUUUCUGAAGGGAGACUUUUGGAGGCCUUGGGCUUCUGCCUCCGCCUCCCCUCCCCCAUCCAUCGAUUGGCGUUUGAUUUUGGUUUGUUUUUCUCGACAUGGAAACGGUUGGGAAAUUUGAGUUCAGCAGGAAAGACUUGAUCGGCCAUGGAGCCUUUGCUGUCGUCUUCAAAGGGAGGCACAAAGAGAAGCCUGAAAUGGAGGUAGCAAUUAAAUGCAUUAACAAGAAGAACCUGGCAAAGUCACAGACUCUUUUGGGAAAAGAAAUCAAGAUACUCAAGGAGCUGAAACAUGAGAACAUAGUCGCCUUGUAUGACUUCCAGGAGCUGGCCAACUCGGUUUACUUGGUGAUGGAGUACUGCAAUGGUGGGGAUCUGGCAGAUUACUUGCACAGUAUGAGGGCACUUAGUGAAGAUACGAUCCGGCUCUUUCUUCAGCAAAUUGCUGGGGCCAUGAAGGUUCUGCACAGCAAAGGGAUAAUCCAUCGGGAUCUGAAGCCUCAAAAUAUCCUCCUUUCUUUUGUGGAGGGCAAGAAAUCAAACCCUAACAACAUUCGCAUAAAGAUUGCUGAUUUCGGAUUUGCACGAUACCUGCAGAACAAUAUGAUGGCAGCAACUCUCUGUGGCUCCCCCAUGUACAUGGCCCCAGAAGUUAUUAUGUCCCAACACUAUGAUGCCAAAGCUGACCUGUGGAGUAUUGGCACUAUCAUUUACCAGUGUCUGACUGGAAAAGCUCCAUUCCAGGCAAGCAGUCCUCAAGAUCUUCGACUUUUCUAUGAGAAAAACAAGGUGCUCACACCCAACAUACCAAGAGAGACAUCAUCCCAUUUAAGGCACCUGCUGCUGGGACUCUUGCGACGAAACUCCAAGGACCGAAUGGAUUUUGAUACAUUUUUCCAUCACCCUUUCUUGGAUGCAAGUGCCUCUAUGAAAAAAUCUGCUUUUGUGCCAAUGCCUUCUUAUCCAAGUUCUGGUUCUGGGAGUUCAUCCAGCAGUUCCUCUACAUCCCACCUAGCAUCUCCUCCUCAGUCCCUUGGAGAGAUGCCACAUCUCCAAGAGAAGAUUUUGGCCUCCCCUACCCAGGGUUCGCCAGUUUUUCUCCAUGGCUCUAAGGAAUCAGCUGGCAGCAGCAGCAAAAAUUCCUCUUGUGACACUGAUGACUUUGUCAUGGUGCCUGCCCAGUUUUCAAGUGAUAUAGCUGUGGAGACUGCAGGAGGAAAGCCAGUUCAGGACAGCCUGAUGUGUAGUGGAAGUUCUUUGGCAACUUCAGCAUACUUGGAAAGUCAGGGAAGAACGCCAUCACCUCCUUACAACAGUUCUCCUGGCCCAUCCGGUAGGACUAGCCAGUUUUCAUCAAGCAGCAAAUAUGGACAGUCUGUUCCCAUCCCAGUUCCUACGCAGGUUCAUAACUACCAGCGGAUUGAACAGAACCUUCAGUCUCCUAAUCAAUAUACUUCACCACAGUCUGCUACAGCCAGGAGAUCAAGAAACACAAGCCCACACAGCUACAAAAAGGCUAGCCCUUCCCCUCCAUUUGUUUCUGGAGAGCACGGAGUUGUGUCAGCACCCAGAAGAUUUUCUUUUGGUGGUGCAAAGCCUUAUACACCAUCCCCACAAGUUGGAACAAUUCCAGAGCAGCCUGACCAUACUGUUAUUCCUUCUCUUCUUGGAGCAGAGAUGAGAAGCCGGGUGCCCAUGACUGGUGCCUCAGUGCCUGACCCUUCCCUGCGAGGAAUGGGCUCCCGUCUCCACAGUGCUCCCAACCUAUCAAAUUUGCAUUCCUGCCAACAGAAGAUAAAGAAACAGUACUCUGAGCCUCUGGUCACUCAUUUUGGCCACAUUCCAACUGGCCAGUCUGCACAGACACAUGGACUGCAAGCUUGCCUCCCACUGAGGUCUUCUCCAAAGCUGUCUGAAUUCAUGCAGAGGAGCCCCUUGCCAACUAUUAUGGGGUCUCCAACAAAGGUCAUGUCACCAUUUGAGUUCAAUAAAACCCCAAGUUCCCAAAAUCUGCUGACCCUCCUGGCCCAUCAAGGUGUAAUGAUUGCCCCCACAAGGAAUAGGACACUGCCUGACUUGAAGGAGAUGGGCUAUUUUCAUUGCCAGCAAACAGGGCUUGGUUUGAAGCCUAUGGAAGAAGCAAAGGGCAGAUCAUUCAGCACUGGUCGCCUUACAGACCUUCUUCUCAAGGCUGCUUUUGGGGAAGCUGGUAGCAAUGACAGCUUGAACAAUGAGAAGCCCAUGGAGAUAACAGCUCCUUCUGCUGCCUGUGCAGGAGCCCUACACGCAGGAGCUAAGGAUAGGGGUUCAUCAAGUCCCUCUCCAGUCGUCUUUACUGUGGGAUCCCCUCCCAGUGGGACAACACCCCCACAGAUCACAAGGACUAGGAUGUUUUCAGUUGGCUCAUCUAGCUCUCUGAGUUCUGGAGGAUCUCUCAGUGGGCGACACUUCAUCAUGGGCACCGGUGGAGAUGUGCUGGAAGCAUCACUGGGUCUCAGAUACACCUUUGCCGACCCCCUCACUGCCAACCUGGAUGGAGGAAUUACCUUUGAGGCACCAGAGUUACCUGAAGAGACCCUCAUGGAACAAGAGCACACAGACAUCUUGUGUAGCCUGCGGUUUACUUUGGCCUUUGUCCACUAUGUGAUGGAAAUUGCGGCCAUCAAAGGGAACACCAGCGAGUUGAACACGUCCUUGGCUUCUGAGUACCAGCUCCAGGAAAGUGUCGUGGCUGACCAAAUCAGCCUGCUGAGCAAAGAAUGGAGUUAUGCAGAACAACUGGUAUUGUACCUGAAGGUAGCAGAAUUAUUGUCCUCUGGUCUCCAGAUGGCCAUAGACCAGAUUCGAGCAGGCAAGCUGUGUCUUUCUUCCACCGUCAAGCAAAUUGUAAGGAAGCUCAACGAUCUAUAUAAAUCCAGUGUAUCCUCUUGCCACUGCCUGAACAUGAGGCUGCAGAGAUGGUUCUUGGAUAAGCAGAAGCUCAUGGAUCGUAUCAACAGCAUCACAGCGGAGAGGCUCAUCUUCAACCAUGCUGUGCAAAUAGUCCAAGCUGCAGCACUGGAUGAGAUGUUCCAUCACCGAGAGGACUGCAUGCAACGAUACCACAAAGCAUUACUUCUGAUGGAGGGACUUUUAAACAUCAUCUCCGAGCAAGGAGACAUUGAGAAUGUUAAUAAAUGCAAGAUGUGUAUUGAGCGCCGGCUUUCAGCCCUGCUGUCGGGGAUCAGCGCAUGAUGGAAAGCCUGCCCCUCUUCCGACUCUUCUGUCUCUAAAAUUGUCUGCUGCCAAAAAGACAAAUCCUACUUGAGCAGGCUUCUCAGCGACAGUGCUCUCAGAUGGCAU